AUGGCAGACCCCACUGAUCUGAAUCUCGACGCGCCUAGCGACCUUCAAGAUAUCCCGGAUAUGUCGAUGCAGCUUCUGCCUCCUCCGGAAGGAACCUAUCCUGACAAAGCUACUCUCCUUGCAGCAGUGCAAGCCCAUAGUAAAGCCCAUGGGUACAAUGUUGUGGUCAAGUCAUCCAGUACCCCAACGGAGAAGAAGCCCGGACGCACCGCCAAAGUGUGGUUGCGGUGCGAUCGGGGUGGACACUAUCGUCCCCGAAAUGGUCUCACAGAGGAGACAAGGAAGCGCCGACGAACGUCUCGCUUGAUGGACUGUCCGUUCAUGCUGGUCGCAGCUGGUACUCCUGGCAUCUGGACGUUGACCGUCUUGAACCCGACUCACAAUCAUGGACCCAUUGUCGAGAAGCCGCGGCAAGUACCACAACACAAAGUUCGGAAGGGCCAGCUUCCCGCAAUUCCCUACGACUGGCCGCAUGAUGCGACUCUCACCCCAUAUACGACGGCUCUAGUGAUCAUUGACAUGCAAAAAGACUUCUGCUCACCGGGUGGAUAUAUGGAAUACCAGGGGUACGACAUAUCAGCCGCUCAAGCACUUAUUCCUAAACUGCAGCAAGUUCUGAAUGCAUUUCGUGCGUCUGGAUUUCCCGUGUACCACACACGAGAAGGCCAUCGUCCGGACCUCUCGACGCUCUCCAGCAGAGAGGUAUUCCGAUCACGAAACAAUGCCUCUGGCAUGGGAAUUGGCUCCCAGGGACCCCUGGGUCGACUGUUGAUCCGCGGCGAAGUCGGACACGAUAUCAUUGACGAACUGUACCCGCUUCCUGAGGAGCCAGUUAUUGAUAAGCCGGGCAAAAGCGCUUUCGCUUACACGGACUUUGAACUUCUUCUUCGCAACAAAGGGAUCAAGAACCUAGUCAUUGCCGGUGUCACCACGGAUGUUUGUGUGUCGACGACCAUGCGGGAAGCCAACGACAAGGGUUUCGACUGUGUGGUCCUGGAGGAUGGCACUGCCGCCAGCGAGCCGUCCCUCUACGUGAGCACUCUCGAGUCGAUCAAGAUGGAAGGCGGCAUUUUCGGUGCUGUUGCCAAGGUGGACGACGUGAUCCACGCCGUCGAGAACUUCAAGAAUAUCACCGUCAAGAAGCUAGCGCCUCAGAUGACGGUAUGA